AUGGCCGGCCCCGGGGGGCAGCGGGCGGGGAGGGAGCGGGACGGGAGCGGGGCCAUCGCCGGUCCCGGAGCACCGGGCGCGUCUCCCCUCACACGACUCCUCACCUCGGCUCGGUUCGGGUCCAAUCGGCUCCCCCCGGAUCGGUUCGGGUCCAAUCGGCUCCCCCCGGAUCGGUUCGGGUCUAGCACCUGGAUCCAGCAGUACUGCAGGCAGCUGGCGAGGUCCAUCUCCCCACAGUUCCUGCAGGACAUCAUCAGCCACCUGUGCAGGCUGGAGCUCCUGAGGGCCCAGGAGGCUGCCCAGGUGCGGGCAGCAAGCCCCAUGCCCGAGCAGGUGAGGGCUGUGCUGGAUGUCCUGGCUGGCCAGGGCAGCCAUGCCUCCCAGUCCCUGCAGAGCUUCAUCCAGACCUCCAACUGGCAGCUCUACCUCCACAGCACUGUCUGUGGACCCAUGGUGCAGAAGCACCUGGAGAGCCUGCAGGGCUCCUGUGGGAACGGGCUGGAGACCGGAGCCCUGCGGCGCCUCACCAACCUGCUGCUGGUGGAAGGCCUGAGCGACAUCCAGCAGAAGGAGCACGACAUCCUGCAGGUUGAAACCACCAAGGGCCUGCCAAACGCAUCCAGGAGCAUCCCCCUGGAGAAGCUGUUCCGGCCUCUCUCCAAAGUCAGCAUCCCCCCUCGCGUCUCCGUCACCAUCGGCGUGGCCGGCAUUGGCAAGAGCACUCUGGUGAAGCUGUUUGUCUGCAGCUGGGCAAAGGGGGAGAUGGGCAGGGACAUGGUGUCUGUGCUGCCCCUCACCUUCCGCCAGCUCAACACCUACGAGAAGCUCUCUGCUGAGCACCUCCUGCGCUCGGCCUCCCCCCACAGCCCCGAGCCCGCCGCCGCCGCCCGCACCCUGCUCAUCCUCGACGGCCUGGACGAGUUCAAGACCCCCCUGGAUUUUUCCAACGCAGCGGUUUGCACCGAUCCCAAAAAGGAGAUCCAAGUGGACAACCUGAUCACCAACAUCAUCAGGGGAAACCUGCUGCAGGAGGCCUCUGUGUGGGUGACGUCGCGGCCGGCGGCGGCCGGGCAGAUUCCCAGCGGGCUGGUGGACCGCAUGACGGAGAUCCGAGGGUUCGGGGCUGCAGAGAUGAAGGACUUCUUGGACCAGAUGUUCCUGGACAACAGAGAUCUGUCCAGCCAGGUCCUGCAGCACAUCAGGGCUAACAGGUCGCUCCACGUCCUGUGUACCAUUCCUGGCUUUUGCUGGAUCUGUGGCUCCUCAAUCGCUUAUUUCCUGAAACACAGCAGCGAUCGAUCCCAAGAAGCAACCGUGGUCCCCAGCACCCUGUCAGAAAUCUACUGCUAUUAUUUUAAAAUGGCUGUGAGUGGCGACUGGCUGGAGAAGCCGAGAGAAGCCCCGAGGACCGAGCAGGCUGUGACCACCAGCAGGAAGCUGGUGGGCAGCCUGGGCAGGCUGGCCUUCUACGGGCUGCUGCGCAAGAAGCACGUGUUCUACGAGCAGGACAUGAAGGCCUACGGCAUCGACCCGUCCCUGCUGCCCAGCAGCCUCUCCACCCGCCUGCUGCUCAAGGAGGACGCGCAGCCCUCCACCGCCUACUACUUCUGCCACCUGACCAUCCAGGAGUUCCUGGCGGCCCUUUACUACUACACGGCGGCCAAGCGAGCCAUCUUCGACCUGUUCGCGGAGAGCGGCGUCUCCUGGCCCAAGCUGGGCUUCCUCAGCCACUUCAGGAGCGCGGUGCAGCGGGCGCUGCAGGCCCAGGACAGGCAGCUGGACAUCUUCCUGCGCUUCCUGGCGGGGCUGCUGUCGCCGCAGGCCGGCGCGCUGCUGGGCGGGUGGCUGCUGCAGAAGGACGAGCAGGGCGCCCUCAGGGGCCAGGCCGCCGGCGUGCUGCAGGGCUGCCUGGGCGCCGAGCCCGCCGCCUCCCCGCGCGCCGUCAACGCCGUGCGCUGCCUGCAGGAGAUGCGGCACGGCGAGCCCGCGCAGGCCCUGGAGGAGGCCAUGAGGAGCGGCAGCCUGGCCGGCCUGCUCACCCCCGGCAACUGCUCCGCCCUGGCUUAUCUCCUGCAGGUCUCUGACGUCUGCCUGGAGGAGACAAACCUCUCCAACUGCCUCAGCUACAGUGUCUGUAAGAGCCUGCUCUCCCAGCUCCUCUUCUGCCACAACCUCAGGCUGGACAAUAACCAGUUUAAGGAUGAUGUGAUGGAGCUGCUGGGCAGUGUGCUGAGCGUGAAGGACUGCCAGAUCCAGAGGCUCAGCUUGGCAGAAAAUCAGAUCAGCAACAAGGGAGCCAGAGCUCUGGCCAGGUCUCUGCUGGUGAACAGGAGCCUGAUGGUGCUGGACCUGCGGAGCAACUCCAUCGGCCCCACCGGAGCAAAAGCCCUGGCUGAUGCCCUGAAAAAAAACCAAAUCCUGCUCUCCCUGAACCUCCAGCACAACUCCAUCAAGGAGGACGGGGCCACCUUCCUGGCCGAGGCCCUGCUGACCAACCACAGGCUGCUGACCCUGCACCUGCAGAAAAACGCCAUCGGAGCCCAGGGCGCCCGGAAACUGGCAGAGGCGCUGGAGCAGAACUGCAGCCUGAGGGAGCUGAUACUCUCGAGCAACUCGGUGGGAGACAACGGCUCCAUUGCCUUGGCCGAAGCUCUGAGGGUGAACCGCAGCCUGCAAAGCCUUGAUCUCCAGAGCAACUCCAUCAGCAGUGCAGGGGUCACGGCACUGACAGCAGCUCUCUGCUCCAACAAGGGACUCCUCAGCCUCAACCUCCGGGAGAACUCCAUCAGCAAGGAGGGGGGCCCUGCCAUUGCCCGUGCCCUGCACAGCAACAGCACCCUCAGGAAGCUGGACUUGGCGGCCAACCUGCUGUACGACGAGGGGGGCAAGGCCAUCGCUCUGGCCAUCAAGGAGAACCGGGCACUCACGUCCCUCCACUUGCAGUGGAACUUCAUCCAGGCCAAAGCAGCCACGGCCCUGGCACAAGCACUACAGUCCAACAGCAGCCUGGCCAGCCUCGACCUGCAGGAGAACGCCAUCGGAGACGAGGGCGUGGCCGCCCUCUCUGCUGCACUGAAGGUCAACACCACCCUGGCAGAUCUGCACCUGCAAGUGGCUUCGAUUGGCGCAGCUGGUGCCCAAGCCCUGGCAGAAGCCUUGAUGGUCAACAAGAGCCUGCAGGUGCUGGACCUGCGGGGAAACUCCCUGGGGCUGGCAGGGGCCAGGGCCGUGGCACAGGCGCUGAGGGUGAACCGCAGCCUGCGCCGGCUCAGCCUGCAGGAAAACUCCCUGGGCAUGGAGGGAGCCAUCUGCAUUGCCACGGCCCUGAAGGGCAACCACGGCCUCACCUACGUCAACCUGCAGGGCAAUCACAUCGGGCAGUCGGGAGCCAAGAUGAUCUCGGACACGAUCCGGACCAACGCGCCCGACUGCGUCGUGGACGUGUGAGGGGCCCUGGGUCCCUCAGGCCUGGGUGACUGCAGGGAGCUCCUUGGUGCCCAUCUCAGGGACCAGAACGGGCAAGGAAAGCUCCUGAGCUCCUGGCACGGCCCUGCAGGACCAAGAUCAGGAUCAGGAGGGUCAAGACUCGUGUUGAAAGCUGAGGGAUGUGUAUGCCCAUGUCUGCAUUCAUCCAGGCCCUGGGGGAGCUUCAAGGAAUGAGGGAAAUGCAAAAAGGAGUGAGGAGGGGCAGAUGCCAGACCUUGAAUUUGUGGGUGAUUUAUCUGCUGGUGGUGACAACUCCUCCUGUGAUCUCCCUGGUGCUUUGUCUCCCCUGGCUAAAACCAGCCCAGUCCUGCAGGCUCCCCUUGAAAUCCCAGAUGGACGCGAGAGAUUUGCUGCUGCCUUGCUCAGAUGGGCGUGGCUCUGUGCACCUGGGCUCUUCCAGCAGCUCCUGGCUGUUGCUGUGCCCUCAGUACCAGGUUGGUGCUGGCCAGGCACACCUGCAGUGUUUGGUAGAGCUGUUCUCUAUCAAAGACAGAGGUAACCCAGGGCAUAGGAGUGGAACCAUCGAAAAGGACCUUGGAAAAGAAAGAGUCCUCAGGAAAAUGGGGUGGGAGGGUGAAUGUACUGCACUGCUCGAGGGUGGGCUGUCUCCAGCACAUCCUGGUGCUACACCAGCACUGUCUCAGCUCAAAGUUCUGCCUCAGCUUCAGGCUGGAGCUCCUGGAUCUCCUGUUGCUGUCCUGUGACCUCCCCGGUGUCCCAGCUGCAGGGUCUGUGCCUGCAGGUCACCUUUGUGGGUGUGGCAGAGACCCAGUGACUCUCCAGAGGUGCCAGGUUUGCAGGUGACCCAGCAGCCAAACUGUGACCCCCCAGAGCCCCCUGAAGCCACUGUCCCCUGUGCCCAGCCCAGUCCUGACUCACUGCCACACUCAGGGCAGCCAGUGGCUGCUGCAGGGACCUGGGGGCUGAUCCCAGAAACACUGGGCUGAGCUCUGGAGAUGUAAA